AUGGCGUCAUCUUUUGGGCAGCUGCGAGGCACUGAGAUGGCAUACCUCGAUAACGGCCUUCAUCCCGUACCUCACUCAGACGCAAUCGUCAACGAGCCGGCGUCACUGGAUUAUAUGGCGUAUCAUAGCGCGCAAAGUAGGGAUUCAGAGGCACCAGAAAGCAAGAAAAGAAUCUGUGGUGUGAACAAACAGGUCUUUAUUUUGUGGUGUGUGAUUGGAUUCAUGGUCUCUCUUCUGGUUAUUGUCGGCGGCGUGUUUGGAGCUAUGCUGGCACGACAAGAGUCAAGGAUACGAACGAUGGAAAAAUCGCGAGGGACGGGCGCCAUUUUGAUUAACAUUCACCCCUCCAGGACCGAAUCCGCUCCAGCGGCAGCGACUACAUGGCAAGUUAUCCCGGAUUGGCAGUAUAUCGGAUGCUACCGCGAUAAUUCUAAACGACUUUUUCGAGACAACACUACAGGCUUCACUGAUACUCAGACGAAUGAAGAGUGUAAGAACUUUUGCCAGAAAGAUUUCAGAUAUUUUGGGACAGAGGCCGGCGGCGAAUGCUAUUGCUCUAGCACUUCUCCGGACAAUGACUUUUUUUCGCCGCCAUGGAACUGCAACGAGCAGUGCAAGGGUAGCAGGGUGGGCGAAAAAUGCGGAGGGUCUUGGUACUUGAGCGUGUGGAAAAAAGUAUAG